AUGAAGGACCAAGGGACGUAUUGUACAACGGAGGCACUUGCUGCGAAGGAUGCCGCCCUCGAUUUCCCCGACUUCAACAUCGUUGACAAAGUCGUCAGAUCCUUCGCGGACAUUCUCGACCGCUCUAUUGUGCAAUAUGCGCGAUUCAAGAAGCUGCAGGAGGUGCUAACUCGCACCAACUUGGAGAUGCAAGGCAUCAAGGACAUCCGUUGGCUUUCUCGCGGGGACGCCAUCGAGCGCUUUGCUGACGUUCUGCCUGCUGCCAUCGUCAUGCUGUAUGAAUACGACAUGCUUUCUUACACCCUUGUAACCAGUUUCAAGUUUCAGUUCUUUCUCUUCUUCCUGGUUGAUGUGCUCCAGGAGUUAAACAGCCUCAAUCUCAAAUUUCAGCAACGGCAGGUCCUGCCGAUGGUGCACCACACCACCCUGGCGUUGACCAGUCGCUAUGUGGAGUACGGCUCCACCUUCGGCGACAACAGCGGUCGACUCGCCACCUUCCUGAAGGAACACGGGAGCCAAGAGCAUCGCGAGGUGAAGGUCGAAGGGAUAGACGGUGCGGGAACACCCGUGACUCACACCUACGUGCUGCACGAGGACUACAUCGAGAAGCAGAGCUGUGGGGGGGACUUGGCGUCGUGCGUGAAGGUGGCAUCCGCGUUCGCUGCACGAGGACUACAUCGACGACCGCAUGAAGAGCCUGAAGUCGUUGGAUGGGAGCCGUCUGUUUCGGCAAGGACGGUACCCUCGUUCGCGCGCUAA